AAAAAUUAUAUUCAUAAAAUUAUUUUGGCUAUCCAUAAAUGAAGAUUUGCCACAUAUGAAAUAUUACAAAAAUAUUUUUAUUUCAUUUACUCCAGUGUUUCAUAUGUAAUCAAUUAUAUCAUUGCAGUAACUUUCUGGCAGAUCAUUCCAAAGCCACUAACUCAUGAUCCUCCAAUUUAGUCUAUCCAUAUAAGAAUAAUAUUUUUUGUGUAUAGAUCUGAUCACCUAGUUACUCCACUGCUUUAAAAAAUAUCUUUAUUGGUUUCCUGUUACUUUUUAAAAAAAGCCUUACCUUUGGCCUUACAAUUAAUAAUGUAUAUUGGUUCCAAGGCAGAAGACCUUGGCCCUAGGCGAUGGGGGUUGUGACUUGUUCAGGGUCACACAGGAAGUAUCUGAAGUCAAACUUGAAUAUAGGACCUCCCAUCUCUAGGUCUGGCUCUCAAUCCACUGAGUCAUCUAGUUGUUGCUCCUCACUAGGGGGUACAUUUAUUAUGUAAUGUUGUGCUUUGUUGAAGUUUUAUCAUAGGUGCUGGAUAAAUGCUUACUGAUUUGUAUUAUGGUUUUGGUGGUAGACUUUAGUGUCAUCUCUGAAAGAAUAUAAACUUCUUUAGAGCAGAACUGUAUUUCAUCUAAAGCUAUGUCUUCUAUUGCUUAGCUUAGUCCUUGAACACAAAGAGAUUAAGUACAAUAUAAAUAUUUGUUCAUUCCUUAUGCUUUCCAUAUUCUCUAGUAUUUUGAUAGUUUGUAUUUUGUAGUUAAAUCAUUGUGUCUCAUGACAAUUUUAUCGCCUCGUAAUGUUCAUAGAAAGUAGUGAUGCUUUAGUUUAAGGAAGCCAAAUCUCCCCAUCCCCCCAUUGAUAUAACACAGAUGGCUUUAUAUCUCCAUUAUAUGAAUUUUCCAGUGCACAUUUUCUACCUUCCAUUCAGCCAAUGUAAUUUUGAAGGCCAACGGGUAUAUAAUGGGCAAUAUUAUAAAGCCUUUAGGUGUUUCUUUUAUAAUUCUUUUGAUUCUCCUAUGUUUCCUAGAUUUGAAGUUUCUGACAAAGUAUGUCCUUUUAAUAUUUUCUCUUCCAUACUUAGCAUACUUUCUGUUUUAGAUUCUAGGGAAUUUACUUAUUUUCAUUUUUUAAAGCAAUUCUCAAGUCCAACAUUUUUAUUGCUCCAUGGAUUCCUUCUUCAAUUUAUAAGUUGAACUAUCACCUCCCCCCCCCCCCACUCCCAAUACUUCAAUUUAUGGAAUUGUUAAGCUUUUUGUCUGCCUAUUUGUUGCUGUCACUCCUGCCAAUCAAUAUCCUGUUUGUAAUUCCUACUUUUUUUUUCUUCUAUUAUUGCCAACAAUUCCCCAUCUCUUUUGUACACUGUCUUCCUACCCAUUGGGAUUAGUGGCAACUCUUAAACUUUAUUGUAACCUUUCUACAAAGAAAUGGCUCUUGUGCUUAGGAUUGACCUUUUCUCAGACUCUACUUUAGGGGUAAUGUCAUUGGGUUGUGGUGGGGAACAUAAUUUUGAACGAGAGCAUUAUUACUUCCCUAGGUAGUGGUGGCAGCAGCAGAGGUAGACAGUCAAUGACAGCAAUGUGGUAACUUGAGUUACUAUUGCAGUCAUAGAAUUUUGGUUUAUUUUAGCCAUUAUAAGUACUUUGAAAUUAGAUCAGUGAAGCGCUAUACCAUGUGCAAUGCCCUGGAAACUGCAAAGGUCAGAAAUGAUAGUUCUGUUUGUAAAACAGUUUAUGAUCCAUUGGAGGGGUUUAUAAUAUAGUAGAUUGAUUAUGACACUGCACAUUGUGUUUCUUGUUUUAUCAGUUAUGCUGCUUUUGCAGGCAUGUUUUUAUGAGACUUAUUAUCUCCCCCUCCCUCAAUGACUUUUGGCUUUGUCUCCCAGGUGGCCCACAAAUAUAAAUUAUCUCUUUAUGUGUUGUUAUACAUGUUAACAGAUUGGGAAACAUACAGCUUUGAUACUAGAAUAGAGAAAGGAAAUGCAACUAGUUUUCUUGUAAUUUAGUUCCUUGAGGCUAGAUGAAUUGUAAAUUUGGAUACAUUUAUGAUUUCCUUCAUUUAGUAUAAUUUAAAAAAUUUUAAUAUCUUCUUUUUUUACUUCAUCUACAUUUCCCAAAUUAUCCUCCUUCCUCCCCCUCUUCCAUAGAACCAUCCCUUAUGUUAAGAAAUAAAAAGGAGAAAAAGUUCCAAACUAAUCAGUACUUUGAAAAAGAUUGAUAUUAUAUGCAUUGUUCCACACCUAGAGUUUUCCCUAUCUCCUGGUCAUUAUGGUUUUAUUGUACUUUUUGUGGUGAAUAGUGGCUCUUCUCUUUCUUCCUUCAUCCUGCCUCUCUCCAUUUACUUUUUAUUGUAGUAGUUCUUUUACAAUUAAACCUCUCUUGUGUUUCUUUUCUCCCUGCUAUACCCUCAUUCUUAUCCAAAGUUCUUAUAGUAUUUUGGAGAGGAAUAGAGAGGGCAGAGAAUAUGGCCAUGUGUAACCAGACUUGCUACUGCUCUGCUGUUUCAUUUCACCUACAUUAUAUUGCUAUUGGCCAGUCACACUGUUUCCUAAUUUCCAUUUUUAUUAUUUUAUUUUAUUAGAAUGGAGAAGUAAAUUGAAAUGUUCCAACUGUCCCUAAAUAAUUUCUUCUUCAAGUCAUAUGCUUAUGCUGCUUUGGUCUAAUUCUUAUUUUCAGUAUGAAAUGGAUAACAGGCGAGGAGGCUCAAUGAAUAACCUCAUUAGAGAGAUGAAGAGUAAAGGUAUUAUUUUAGAGAAAGGCAGAAUUUGAGUUGGAAGGGACCCCCAUGGGCAAAUAGUUCAACACAUACUAAUAAAAGAAUGUCUUCUCCAGCAUACCAGGCAAACGAUCAUUGAUAAAUGAUUCAUUAAUGCCUUUGUAUUAAGACCACCAUUGUGGAAAAACAUAUGUACUCCCUCUUGAAGUAUUUUAUUCCACUUUGGAAUAAUUUUUAUUGUUGGCAGGGUUUUCCUUACAUUGUUGUCUUUGUAACAUCUACCCACUAUUUUAGUUUUGCUCUUUGGGGCUAAGUAUAACAAGCCUAAUCCCUUUAACAUAUAUGAACUGUUUAGAUAUUUUUAAGCUCGCUAUUGUUUCCCAUCUAAAUGCUUGUUUUUAACCCUACAGGUUAAAUCUAACCAUUGAUUUUUGGAUGAUGUGAAUUCUAGACCCAUCACUAUCCUGGUUGCCCUCUGCAUACUCAGUAGCUUAUUAAAUCAUUAUCUGGAGUGUGGUACCAGAAUUAAAUAUACUUAUAGAUGUAAUCUGAUUAGGGGACUAUUUGGUUUUUAAUUGAGAUUCUAUGUUUCUCUCUCUCCCUUUCUUCUUCCCUCCCUUUCUGGAGAUCAAUACUGUGUAAAGUGCUAAGGGCUAGGUAAUGGAGGUUAAGUGACUUGACAAGGGUCACACAGCUAGGGAGUGUCUGAGGCCAGAUUUGAACUGUCUCUAGGCCUGGCUCUCAAUCCACUGAGCACCCCAGCGGCCCCCCCCCCCAUUUCUCUUAAAGUAGCCUAAGGUGACAUAUUAACACUUUUGUCGCUUAUUGAGCUUGCACGCCCUGAAAAAUUCCAGACCCUUUUUUUAAAAUGAAGUAUUGUCUAGCCGUCUUGUACAUGUAGGUUCAUUUUUAAAAAUCCAAGUGUAAGAGUUUACUUUCAUAAAGCCUAAUAUAUUUUUAUCUUGAUUUGAUCCAAUGCUUGUCUAUCGUGACAUUUUAAAAUUCUAAUGGUCAUCCAUCUGAGCUUUGUGUCAGCUGCAAGCUUUAUUUGUGUAGAAGAAAAACUAUACUCUGCAUUUUCACUCAGGUCUGCAUUGCUCCUGAGUAGAGAAGCGACCUAAAUGGGCAGUUUCUUCUUGCAUACUGAAAAUGUUUCCAAACUGUGCCAUAUAUAUUUAUAAUUUUAUAGUGAUCAUGAAACAAAAGACAAAUUCCACAGGGGGUAAAAACAGUGGUUCAGAGUUUAGUUUUUAGAGUUUUUUAUUUGCUUAAAACAAUAGCAAUGUUAAUAUUAGUACACUCUGAAAGAAAUCAUUCCUUCUUUAGCUUCUCUCUCCAAAGACCUUCUCUACUUUCAACUUAGUGAAAUUUAGUUAUUGCUUUUAAAUUAAUCAGAAUCCUGCUCUUAAUUUUGGACAUUUAUAAACAAAGCAGAGUUUUUUAAAUUCAGGAAAUUAAGAUUCCUUCCUGCAUUUGAUUGUUUUUAAUUUCAGGGAUUAUAAUUACAUUUUUCAUACACGUUCUCCAAGGACUUUUAGACCAGGACACUGACAUAUUUCUUAAUAUUUCAAAGAAAGAAAAAAAAACCUUAGUGGAUCUGUUUUCAAAGAAUCAUACCAUCUAUACUUUUUUCGAGGUCCUUAAUUAUAAUGUUAAAGAGCAUAAGAGCAAGCAUAGAUCUCUGGGGGCACUCCUCUAGAGACCUUCCAGAUUGCCACAGAAAACAUUAGUAAUUGUUUGUGUUCUGCUAUUUCCAUGUUUAUCCAGUUUUAUUAUCCAGCCUACAUGAUCCCAUCUUUUCCAUAAGAAUAGAUUGAGAAAGGGACAGCUAGGUGGCAUGAUAGAUGUAGCACAGGGCUAUCUUGGAGUCUGGAAUACUUGAGUUAACCAGACCCAGAAACGUACUAGCUUUGUCAACCUGGGCAAGUCACUUAAUUCAUUUUACCUCAGUUUCCCCAUCUAUAAAAUCAUUUUGGGCAAGAAAUGGCCAAGAAUUAGGGUCACAAAGAGUUGGACAGUACUAAAACAACUGGAUAAUGAAGAAAGAUUAAGAUAGUUAUCAAAUUGAAUCUAUUAAAUGCUUUGAUAAAAUCUAGAUAUGUUAGUGUUCUGUUGUGUCCCUCUCUUGUGUGACCACAUGAACUUGGUCCAUGGAUUUUUUUUUGGCAAAGAUCCUGGAAUGGUUCUAUUUCCUUCUCCAGUAUGCCCUCAUUUUAUAGAUGAAGACCUGAGGCAAAUAGGUGUUAAAUGAAUUGCCUAGGGGUAACACAGCUACUAAGUUUCUGAGGUCGGAGUCGAACUCAGAUCAUCUUCUGUGUUCUUUCCACUGCAUCUCCUAGUUGCCCCUCCACUCCGCACUCUACAAAUCCAGUUUAUAAGUUGUACGUUAUGUAUACUAUAUAACAUUCUCUUUAUCUACUUUUAUAGAUGGAUAGCCUUGUCAAAAAUGUAAAUAAAGUUAAUUAUUAUUAUUAAUUAUUAAUUAAUUGCUAGUUUUUUUGUGAUCACCCACUACCUUUUCUAGGUGUUCAAUAGCCAUCUCUUUAAUAAUGUAAUCUAGAAUUUUGCCAGGAAUUUACUUUUUUACUUGUGUAUAGGCUUCUCCCUCUCAAUCAGCAUCCUUCCUUCCAACUUGCUUACUUGAACUCAAUAAGAAUAUUUAGAUGUUCUCUAGUCCUAGGAAUAACAGCACCUUAGGAAUUUUGGAUGUUAGGUAUGUAUUAACCUAUGGUAUAUAGAACCCUGUAUAUAGAGUUAGAAAGACCUGUGUCCAGAUUUGGCCUCCAACAUUUACUAACUUCAUGACUCUGGGCAAGUCACUUAACGCCUGUUUAUGUUAGUUUCCUCAGUUGUAAAAUGGGAAUAAUAAAUAGCACCGACCUCACAGGAUUGUUGUUUGGAUCAAGUGAAAUAUUUGUCAAAUGCUUAUUAGUACAUAGUAGAUUCCUUAAUAAUAACUGCUUGGUCUUUCCCAGCCCCUCCUACCCCAUUACUGAUAAAGAACCUGUCAUUUGUACAAGGAAUUAAAAUCCUAUUUUCAGAUAUCAUUUUUUAAACUUUCUGGUCACCUCCCAAAUGAACUUCUUCCCCUUUAAUCAACUGCAUUCCUUCUCUAAUUUGUCCUUUUCUGAAUUUCUUGCCUUCAAUAGGGAGUUUUGAUGAAAAAUAAUACUUUUUGAUGAAAAAAGUCCCUAUAGUCUUAAGUUUCUUGCUUCUUCCCUAGUGACCCUCUCAUGUUUGAGUCCCUAGCUUAGAACCAAGUAUUCAGGGUAUCCAUUCAGCUCUACGGAAGACUAUAUUGGUCUUUGCCCUUGGUUAGAUACCCUGUCCUUCUCUUAAUUUUUUUUCAAGCUUCUGAAGGGUAGAGGUGAUUUUUUUUUGGUAUGUAUUUAUAUCCCAGCACUUAGCAUGGUGCCUGGCCCAUUGUAAGUGCCUUACUAAAUGUGCCUUAGUACCCUUCCUUAGUGUAGCAUCUCUUUUGGGUUCCUUCUAGUUAUUACUAAAAUUAGGGUGAUUGUGUAUGGAUCCCCUGGGGUGGAGGGAACAAACAAAAAACUUAAUACCUCUUCAUCUAAUCCACACAUGACUGUCUCUGUGUCUCUCCCCCAAUCAGGUAGUUGCCAAUUAGUCUUCCUUCUUAUGUGCUUUGUUUUAUUAUUCUUAUUUAAUACCACUUUAGCAUCCACAUCAUAACUUGGAGUCUGAGCAACAGCUGUCUGUUGACAGUGUAUAGUGCAGUCUAAUUUGGGAAGAGCUUUAUCUGUUUAUUAGCUCUAAAUAUUUAGUGGGCCUUCCCUAUUUCUGCCUUCCUUGUCCAUGCAUUGAAUUUCUUGUUUUGUAAAGGAACAUUUCAUGUUCUUGGAUCAUCAGGGGAGUAGAAGGCUUUCUUCAAGUUUCUUAAGCUUGAACUUGGAGCACAGACACCACUUAGUUGCCUUGACAGUGGCCGAGAUAAAAGCCACCCACUUGCAUGCCACUGCAAAAUUCUUCUUGCUUUCCAUACUUUGAUGGAAGUGAAAUUCUCAUUCUUUGUCAUUCUUGGUAUUCACAUCCCUUAGAAAACUUAAAGACAAAUUGUUGAUGGGUCCCUUCAGGUCUGCAGCUAUUUCUCUUCUUACCUUUUGAUAGAGCUUUGACAGCUCCUUCCAGCUUCCUUUUUUCUGUCAUACUUAGCUUAUCUCUACUCUUCAAAUUCUUUUUUCCCCCCUUUUCUAUCUGGAGUUACCGUUUAAGCUCAAGUCGUACAGCUCCCGCUUUCCACUUGGAUUUUUCUUCAUUGUUUUCUCCAGUAUUACCUUCCUAAAUGAAAUUUAAAUUUCUACCCUAUUGAACAUUUCCAGAUCUCUCCAAACCACUUUCACAGUUUUUUCUGUUUAGUCUUUUUCCCAUAACCUCUCAUAAAAGCUGGAAAUGAAAACGUAAGCCAUUUGUUUUAUUUCUGCUUAUGCUGUAUCUUUUCAGUAGUAUUUAAUAUGCUGUAUCUUUUCAGGAAUAUUUAAUCUCUGUUGAUAAUGAUUAUAUUUUGAGUAAUUUUGAUAGUGAAAACUGAUCACAUGAUAGUCACUUAUCACAAAGUCAGCCAAGGAGUAGGAGAGUGAGUUUUAAAAGGGAUAGAAUUUUUCUCCAAUUCAUUUCUGGAUUAUGGCAGUAGAUUUGACAGAGACUUGAGAAAGUGUGGUCAGAGACAAUAUUUUUUCAGCAUUAUGCUAACCUGCCUAAAGAUGAUUUAUCUGGUUCUAGGAGUUCUUUCCUGAUUAUCUUUACCCUUCCAUUCCAUUAAUGUAAAAUAAAAAGUGAAAUUGGUUAGAGCCAUAAAAUUUUAAAGCUGAAAUUGCAGGUGCCUAUUCAAUGUGAAAUGGUAAUGAUUAUGAUGUGACAAUUAGGAUCCACUUCUCUACCCAUAUUUGAUCUGGUCUACCUGUGUAAAGCCUGGCCAAUAUACUUUGUGAAGGAGCAGAAAAAUAUCUUACCUUCAUGCUCAAAUCAACUUUAGGACCAACACUUGUUUUCCUGAACGAAGGUCUGACUGGCUCUGCUGAUUGACCCUGUCUGCUCUUCUUCAUCCUCCUUGCACAACUUGAAAGAGAGCCAAUGGAACUCAUUAAUGGAGAGUAAGAAAUGAGAUGUCAAACCUUCUCAGAACUCUUCUGAGGAAAGGCCAAUUGUGCCAACAACCCUAAGUGACCUUCAUCCUCCCCUCCCGAGUCUACCUCCUCCCUCCCCCCCAAAAAAAGAAGACAGUUUUGAAGUUUCCAGAGCAAAUGUGUUUAAUGGGCUUGCCAACAACAAUAUGGAUGAUCCGAAGAUAAAUACUGAGAUUACUGGUGCUAAAGAAGAACUUCUAAGUGACACCAAUUUCAUCUCUGAGAAAGAGAGUGGUAUUCUUAAACCACAAGAGUGUCAAAUGUCAUUUCAGAAAAACAAUACAUUGACUCUGCCUGAAGAGCUAUCCAGGGACAGAUCUGAAAAAGCCUUAAGCGGAGGCCAGUCUACUCUAUUUAUCCGUGCUGGUGCUCCUACUGUUUCUAGUGAAAAGUUUAUCUUGCCUAAAGGAACUGCUGUUAAUGGACCAGUUUCACACUCCUUAACUAAGACUUCCAUUAUGAGUAAAGGCAGCAUUUCAUUAACCACUGGGCAACCCAUGAGUCAGCAAACAACAGAUUCCUGUUCAACUUUAAAAGUGGCACAUGAUCUCCAACUGUCCACAAAAACCACACCAGAAAAAUCAAACCAACACCAAGUUUUGUAUUUGUUGCCUGAUGUAGCACAGACUAAAAAUCCCACCCAUUCCAUUAAGAAACCUACCUCUGCUUCAGCUGGUUGUGAUAAACAAAAAUCAGUAGGGAGUAGUGUAAAGUCAGAUAGCACUUUAAUAAAUCAAGUAAAGGGGUGUGAGGAGAGUGAAAGUUUAUUAGCAAAAGAUGAUUGUGUUAAAACAUUAACAGGUAUUUCCUCAGGUACAGAUGACUUCAGGUCAGAAAAUGAGACAAACUGGGAUCCGCAAAAAGAGUUUAUACAGUUUCUUAUGACAAAUGAAGAAACAAUAGAAAAGUCUCCAGUUCAUUGUAAAGUAGGGUUAGAGAAAAAGAGAAAAAGAAAAAUGGAUGUAAGCAAGAUAAUGCGGUAUACUGAGGAUUGUUUUAGUGAUUCAAAUUAUAUGACCACUAAAUCAAAACUAUUAAAUGUAGAGUUUGUAGAGCAAAGUGAAGAACUGCAGAUAACAGAACCACAAAAAUACCCACUGUCAAAAGUGAAGCCUGAAUCAGCAGACGAAGACUUAGAUGAUGUGGAUGCUAUCCAACAACUGAUUUAUAGCCCAGAUAAAUGUGGAGAAGAAAGUUCACCUGUUCAUACAAGCACUUUUCUUUCAAAUACUUUAAAAAAGAAAUGUGAAGAGAGUGAUUCUGAGUCACCUGCUACUUUUAGCACUGAAGAGCCAUCCUUUUACCCCUGUACAAAGUGCAAUGUGAACUUUAGGGAGAAAAAGCACCUCCAUAGGCAUAUGAUGUAUCAUUUAGAUGGUAACAGUCACUUUCGUCACCUCAAUGUUCCAAGGCCAUAUGCUUGCAGAGAAUGUGGGCGAACAUUUCGAGAUCGGAAUUCGCUUCUGAAGCACAUGAUUAUUCACCAGGAAAGAAGGCAGAAAUUAAUGGAGGAAAUUCGUGAAUUAAAAGAACUUCAGGAUGAAGGGAGGAGUGCACGGUUACAAUGUCCACAAUGUGUGUUUGGCACCAAUUGUCCCAAAACUUUUGUGCAACAUGCUAAAACUCAUGAAAAAGAUAAAAGGUACUACUGCUGUGAGGAGUGUAACUUCAUGGCAGUGACUGAAAAUGAAUUAGAGUGCCACCGAGGAAUUGCUCAUGGAGCAGUAGUGAAAUGUUCAGUCAUUAAUUCUGAUCUAUCUCAGAGAAAAACACAAAAAAAGAUUUCUGUGAAAGACCCUUUGACAGAAUCAUCCAAAAAACCAUCCACGUAUAUGUGCAAGUUGUGUGCUUUUACAACAUCUGCUAGAAAUAUUUUAAAAAAACACAUGGAAUAUUUGCAUCCAUCAUCAUGCAUUGAUCCAUUUGGGAGGCAACUACGAUUGGAAAAAAAAGGGGACAUUGUUGAAGAACCAUUAGAUUUUGGUAGAACCAAGUCAUUAAUUAAGGAACAGACUUCCACAUUUCCAAAGAACUCUGUUUUAAAACAAGAUGUAAAACGAACAUUUGGAUCAGCGUCUCAGUCGAGUAGUUUUUCCAAACUCCAUAAGAGGACAAAUAGAGUACAAAAAGCUCGUAAGAGUGUCUCCCAGGCAGGUGUAAAUGUGUGCAAUCAAAAUAAUUCUCCUCAUAAGACUAUGAUUAAAAACAGCAUUGACCAAAAACCUAAAUAUUUCCAUCAGACAGGGAAACAAAAACCUAGUGUCAAAUCAAGUAGUAACUAUUUAUAUAGGCAUAAAUAUGAAAAUUAUAGAAUGAUCAAAAAAUCAAGUGAUCCAUAUCCUUUGCAUUUAAAAAAGGAAGAGGCCAGUUCUCUACAUGUGUUCUCAUCAUCAGGUAGUUCCCACAACAAUUGUUUCAUUAUGGAUUCUCAGACUCUUGAUCCAAAAAGGCCAGAUGAUUUCAAAGAUUAUAGGCAUGUAGCUGUAAAAAGAGUAAUAAAUGAAUCUAAGAUGGAGAGUUCUGUUGCAGGAGAUGAUUUAGACUGCUAUCCAGAUUUUUUGCAUAAAAUGACUGUUGUUGUUUUGCAGAAGUUAAAUUCUGCUGAAAAAAAAGAUAGCUAUGAAACAGAGGAUGAUAGUUCCUGGGAUAAUGUUGAAAUGUGUGAUUACACUACAGAAUCUAUCGAGGAUGAAUCUUAUAGUGAUGUUAAUCAGGAAAAUGUAAAUUUAUUCCCUCUCUUUAAAAAUAAAGUAGAUGGUCAAGAAGUUGGAGAAAACCUUAGUUUUGAGCAAAAUGAUGGCUUUUAUUUUGAAUAUUAUGAAGAUGCUGAAACUAGCAAUUACUUACAUGAUAUCCAUGAUCCUCAACAAUUGGAAAAUGCUGAAACAUCAUUGCCAAAGCAUAACUCUCUUUUCCAUUGGACUGAUUUGUCUCUAGAGAAAAAAUCUUGUCCAUACUGUCCAGCAACAUUUGAAACUGGUGUUGGGUUGUCCAAUCAUGUCCGUGGGCAUCUACAUAGAGCAGGUUUAAGCUAUGAAGCCAGGCAUGUUGUUUCUCCAGAGCAAAUAGCCACAAGUGACAAAAUGCAACACUUCAAAAGGACUGGCACAGGAACGCCCGUGAAAAGAGUUAGAAAAGCUAUAGAGAAGUCUGAAUCUGCUUCUGAGCAUACUUGUCAGCUCUGUGGAGGUUGGUUUGAUACUAAAAUUGGGUUAUCAAAUCAUGUGAGAGGACACCUGAAAAGACUUGGAAAAACUAAAUGGGAUGCUCAUAAAUCUCCAAUCUGUGUUCUAAAUGAGAUGAUGCAAAAUGAAGAAAAAUAUGCAAAAAUUUUAAAGGCGUUGAACAGUCGCCGUAUUAUUCCCAGACCAUUUGUAGCUCAGAAACUUACAUCAAGUGAUGACUUUUUAUCUGAAAAUGUUAUACCUCUUGAAGCAUACCGUAAUGGCCUAAAGACUGAAGCUGUAUCAGUGUCUGCAUCAGGGGAAGAAGGGCUGAGUUUCCUAAGUGAAUCUGAUGAAACAAAAGCAGAACUGUCCAGUGGGAAAAAAAAUCAGUCUCUUACACUGAUAGAACUUCUGAAAAAUAAAAGGUUGGGAGAAGAAAGGAAUCCUGAUAUUUCUCCUCAAAAGAUCCAUAAUCAAACUGCAAGAAAAAGAUUUGUUCAAAAAUGUGUUCUUCCAUUAGAUGAAGAUGGUCCAUUGACAUAUCAGCCACAAAAAAUGGAUUUGUCUGUUCAGUCAGCCAUUGACAGUAAACAAAAGAAGUCAAGAUCAAGAUCAGGAAGUAAGAAAAAAGUAUUGCCGUUACCUCAUGGUGCUGAUGAUAUUUACAUUCUGCGAUGCAGGUUUUGUGGCCUGGUCUUUCGAGGACCCUUGUCUGUUCAGGAAGACUGGAUCAAGCACUUACAGCGACAUAUUGUGAAUGCUAAUCUUCCACGGACUGGAGCAGGCAUGGUGGAAGUCACAUCACUGCUCAAAAAGCCUGCUUCCAUUACAGAAACUUCAUUUUCUUUAUUGAUGGCAGAAGCAGCAUCAUAGAAGAAAGAAACCUUUUGAAAAACUAAUUUGAAUUGGAUGUAAAUUUGAAAUACUUUGUCAUUUUUUUAAAAAAAGGUUGCUACAUUAAAUUAUCUGUUUAUAAAUCCUAAAGCAGGAAAACAGGGAAAGUGAAUUACAGUGACAUCAGAGCAAAUUGAGUACUUUAAAGCAGUUACAGUAAGUAGUCUUUAUAUUUUACAUAGAGUGGAAGAUGUGUUUUUAAGGUUUACUAAGUUUUUGUCAGUUAACUAACUGUUCGAUAUUAAUAACAAGAUCAUUACACGUAAACAGCCAUUUAUCAAUUGUUGCACAUUGGUACUUAGAGACAGACUUUAUUAAAAAAUUAUGUUCUCUGCAGUGUUACCAGAAUCAAGGCUCUGUUUUUUCCCCUAAAAAGAGACUUGCAUAGUAAAAUAAGAUAUUAUAUAUUUUGUUUGUAUGUAUGUAGUGUUUUGUACAAUACCAGAACUGCUAACUAAAUUCACUCAAUUUAGGGCAUUAAAUAUCAUGUACGUUGAAGAGACUGUUCACUCAAAUAGGGCAAUGAGUACUAUUAUUCUAUAUAGAUGUGUAAGUGUUUUUUAAAAAAAUCACAUGAAAAAGUUUUUUUUUUGUACUAAAAGUGGAGGGAGAUUUGUUUAAACAAAUAUUUCUAAAAGAAAUAUGUACAUAGUACUGGAAAUUAUUUGUGGUAAGGAAAUAUUCUUUACUCCAGUUGCAUUUCUCAGACAAUAAAGUGGUGCAUCCAUGCUACCUCCUACUUUGUCAACAAAGAUGCUAUUUACCGGUUACAUUUUUGUAUCAUAAUAGAUUAAAAUCUAACUCUUUAUUGCAAGACAUCCUUUUGUUAACAGACUUGUUUCUUUUUUGAUGUUUUACUUAAAAUUUGACUUGCUUACGAGACGGUUUUGCCUCUUUACUACUUUAUUUAACACUGUAGAAAUGUACUACUAAUAAUAAAUGCUGUUCACUACACCAUUUAGAAUAGCUUUCUUCAUUUAUAAUUUGUUCCAAAUUUGAUCAUUUCAGCAAAAUUUAAUACAUCAAUUGAAAUGUUUCUACAUAUGAUGAGAAUGUUUACAAUUUAAAUUUUAGAACUUGUUUUGGAUGUAAUUAUAUGUAUGAAAAUUGUGUAACACUAUGCUCAUGCUAAGAACCGCCGUAAUGGAAUUACUAAAAUAAAUGUGCUGUGAGGAUAGAAAAUAUGGUGCAGGUGUCUUGGUAAUGAUAAAUUGUGAAUGUUCAUUUACAGUGUCAACAAAAGUGAUUUUAAUUUUUUUCCAGUAAAUUCAAUUUCUUUACAAAUACCAGUUUCUGUAUUCAAGUACCACUUAAUUUUCUUCACGUAGGAUGACUAAUACUGUAGUGAAACCAAGGAUAUGCAUUGAUACUUUCUUUAUAUGUAAAUAAAGCAGUUAAAAUGAGGAGUAUUUUGGUAGAGUAUAUACAUACCUCACUGCCAGUGAAAUUGCUUUCUUAUGGUAUAUCUCCUUACCAGAAAAAUCUCUAAAUAAAAAAUGUUUAACGAAA